CCGCGCCUCCGGGUGACGUCACAGGCGUUAGUGUAAUGGCCGCUGUGUCAGAGGCAGCGCUCGACACCAUGAAGAGCUUCCAGUCAGGAUACGAAAAAAUCGACCGGGACCUGAGCCGCUAUCCGUUCUGCAUCGUGUGGACUCCGAUUCCCGGCCUGACAUGGUUCCUGCCGUUUAUUGGUCACAUGGGCAUCUGCACCUCUACAGGUGUGAUCCGAGACUUCGCAGGUCCUUACUUUGUGUCUGAGGACAACAUGGCGUUUGGAAAGCCCACAAAGUUCUGGAAGUUGGAUAAGAGUAAAGUGUACGGCGGGGGCUCGAGUGCGUGGGACACGGCGGUGCACGAAGCCUCGGAGGAAUACAAGCACAGAAUGCACAAUCUCUGCUGUGAUAACUGUCACUCUCACGUUGCCAUGGCGCUGAAUCUGAUGCGUUACGACAACAGCACGUCGUGGAACAUGGUCAAGCUGUGUGUCCUGUGCUUCAUCUACAGCAAACACGUCAGCUUUGUGGGCUUCCUGAAGACGUGGCUGCCGUUCCUGAUGAUCUGUGGCGUCAUCGUCACCGUCACACUCGCCUUCAGACUGGACCACAGCGGAUAACACCCUCACCUCAGAGAGGAGACACAGCUCACACUGACCAUCAGGGGGUGCUGCAGGGUAAACACACACACACACACACACACACAGAGAGAGAGAGAGAGAGAACACAGUGUCACUGUGAGGUGUGUGUGUGUGUGUGUGUGUGUGUGUGUGUGUGUGUGUGUGUGUGUACACACAUCACGUUCAGGGGCUUCCACUGGGAUAUCACUGUAAGAGAACACGGCUGCGUCCCAAAUACUAGAACACACACACACACACACACACACACACACACACACACACACACACACACACAGUUAUUGUUCGUGUGUAAAGGAUUGUGUGUAUUACCCAUAAUGCACUGCGAGCAUGAACAUAAAGUUGGAGCACAGAGUCAGAGCUCAGUGUGCUUAUUGUCUCUGUGUUUUCUCACCACACACACACACACACACACACACACACACACACACACACACAGAGGGUGUUAAUAAAGCCUUAGAGUAGCUGUAAUAAGAACACUUCAUCACACACUGGCGUUUGGGACGCAGCCGGAAAGUCUGAAUGCGCCGCGAGACUCGUACGUGUGUGUGUUUUUUUUCAAUCCAACAUCCCAAGGGCCGAAUAUACGUCCAUAUGAUCUUUUAUUUACAUGUGCUUUAUUUACAUGUGUUUUAUUUACAUGUGCUUUAUUUACAUGUAUGUCUCUGAUGGUUUAUUUCUGAUCAUUUAAGAAUUGUAACGAGGUUUGUGUUGGUGUGUGUUUUAUUUUCUUUACGCGAGCUGAAUGCAUCACACUGAGUGUAGAGAUUUUAUUUUAUAUUUAAUAUGUGACAGAAAAACAAAUCUAAAUUCAGCUCACAGACUGGACUUUUGUAAGAAUGACACGUUUUGCACCAGACGUUUGUUUUCGGACGGAUUUCCGCGGAACGCAGUAAUGGUAAGCGUUUAGCGGUGCGGCUCGCUGCUGAAGAUAAUCACAACAAACACAAUCAGCUUCUCGUUUCUGCGCUGUUUAUGACUCUGUCCUCAUUUUAAUACGUUUAUAAACCUGUCACAUGAUCCAGCCGUGUCAUGUUUCUGUUUCUGUGUGUAUUUCUGUGUGGUGUAGGAUGUGGGCCAGAACACGGGAUUCUUUCACUUUUCCAUCUCUUUAAUUUAAUUAAAUUUUUUCAUUGUCGUACUUUUAUAUACUGUGUGUGUGUUUGAGUUGAAAUACACUGAUAUCACUGAAA